CUUGCGCCUUUUGAUGACUGUUCUCAUACACUCACUCACUUUGGGGGCUUGUUUUGUUUUGUAGGGAUAAUAACUAAUGUUUACACAAGACAGAGGAAAAAGAUGCCAGUCCGCAAAGUAAACAUAAUCAUCUUGGUCCUGGCUGUUAUCCUCUUCUUGCUGGUUUUGCACCAUAACUUCCUCAGCCUGAACAAUUUGCUAAGGAAUGAGGUGACAGAUUCAGGAAUUCUGGGGCUUAAGCCUAUAGACUUUGCUCCAAAUGCUCCCUGGAGUGAGGGAGAUGAGAGACAAGAGGAGAUUCCUGUGGUCAUUGCAGCAUCUGAAGACAGGCUGGGAGGGGCCAUCGCAGCCAUAAACAGCAUUCAGCACAACACCCGCUCCAAUGUGAUUUUCUACAUUGUUACGCUCAAUAACACAGCUGACCACCUGCGGUCCUGGCUCAACAGUGGUUCCUUGAAAAACAUCAGGUACAAAAUUGUGAAUUUUGACACUUCACUCUUGGAUGGGAAAGUGAAGGCGGAUCCUAACCAGGGGGAAUCCAUGAAACCUUUAACUUUUGCAAGGUUCUACUUGCCAAUGCUGGUUCCCAGUGCAAAGAAGGCCAUUUAUAUGGAUGAUGAUGUGAUCGUGCAAGGUGAUAUUCUUGCCCUGUACAACACACCACUGAAGCCAGGGCAUGCAGCUGCAUUCUCAGAAGACUGUGAUUCAGUCUCUACUAAAGUUGUCAUCCGUGGAGCAGGGAACCAGUACAACUACAUUGGCUAUCUCGAUUAUAAAAAGGAAAGAAUUCGUAAACUGUCCAUGAAAGCCAGCACCUGCUCAUUCAAUCCUGGAGUUUUUGUUGCAAAUAUGACUGAAUGGAAACGUCAAAACAUAACGAGCCAGUUGGAAAAGUGGAUGAGACUCAACGCAGAAGAGGGGCUGUACAGCAGAACGCUGGCUGGCAGCAUUACCACACCCCCUCUGCUCAUCGUGUUUUACCAGCAGCACUCCACCAUUGACCCCAUGUGGAACGUCCGCCACCUAGGUUCCAGUGCUGGAAAACGAUAUUCACCCCAGUUUGUAAAGGCUGCCAAGUUACUCCACUGGAAUGGACACUUUAAGCCAUGGGGAAGAACUGCUUCAUACACUGACAUCUGGGAAAAAUGGUAUGUUCCUGACCCAACAGGCAAGUUCAACCUAAUCCGAAGACAUACAGAGAUCUCAAACAUAAAGUAGAGAAUUUAAAACUGUAAGCAUUUCUCAGGAAACCCUAGAAGACUGUUUUGUGUGGGAAGUUAACAGUUGCUAGGCUUCUGUAUAUCUGUGUAGCAACUGUUCAGACAGUGCAGUUGGGGACGGCAACAAGUCUGGCAGUCAGCUUCCAGACGGACUUUGGAUACGCUCCUCCUGCCUUACCACUGCUGAGUGACCAGCAUUGCGACUGAGGCAGCUGACAGCUUCUUCUUAACUG